CAUACCAAUGAUAUCAUGUAAACAAAUGUGAACAACUUACUAAAAAUAACCAAUAAAUGCAUAUCUACAAAAAAGUUAGUUUCAUUUUAAUUAUAUCUUUCACACUUGUAAAUCAUACCAAAGUCACCAUUUCCAAACUAAGAAAUGGACUCAUUGAGACCACUUGCAUUGUUGCUUGCGUUUGUUUUGCCGAUUCGUGUUCUUGGGUGGGGUGUCGAUGGUCAUUUCGCGACAUGUAAAAUAGCCGAGGGAAGGUUGAGUCAAGCAGCAGCAGAUGCCGUAAGUCAGUUGUUGCCAGGUAGCGAUUUGGCGAGCCAAUGUUCGUGGGCUGAUCACGUUAAGUUUAGAUAUCAUUGGUCGUCGGCGCUUCAUUAUAUUGAUACCCCUGAUGACCUUUGCACUUACCAAUACAACAGGGACUGCAAGGAUGAGGAUGGAGUGAGUGGAAGAUGUGUGGCUGGUGCAAUUAACAACUACACAACACAGCUGCUUGAUUAUGGCAAACAAACCCCUCAAUAUAAUCUCACACAAGCACUGCUAUUUCUUUCUCAUUUUAUGGGAGACAUUCAUCAGCCACUACAUGUAGGGUUCACUACGGAUAGAGGUGGGAACACGAUUGAUGUCCAUUGGUACACACGGAAAGCAGUGCUACAUCAUGUUUGGGACGAUAGCAUAAUUGAGACCGAAGAAGAAAGGUUCUAUGAUACUAAUAUAGACAAUCUUAUCGAUGCAAUUCAGACAAACAUAACGAAAGAAUGGGCAGAUCAAGUAAAAACAUGGGAGAACUGCAGUGGAAAUCAGAAGACUUGCCCAAACACAUAUGCAACUGAAGGAAUAAAAGCAGCAUGUAAUUGGGCAUAUAAAGGAGUUGGCAAUAAUUCUGUUCUUGGAGAUGACUACUUUCUGUCUCGUUUCCCUAUUGUGAACUGGAGAUUAGCUCAAGGCGGUGUUAGAUUGGCAGCAACCCUAAACCGGAUAUUCAUAUGAAAUUAUGAUUUAUUUGUACUGUUAACAUUUGACUAAGAAAUAUGAAUGAUUUGGUUUAAACAUGAACAACAUUAUUUUCGAGUAA